AGUUCAAAAUCAAAUAUGGCAGACAAGGAAGGGAAGCGUGUUGCCGAGUUCGCGUUCAUGAAUACCGCUGAUCCAAAGAAGCCUCUGUCUGCUGCACAGAAAGAGUACAUUCGCAGAGCGGAUCUCGAACGGCUGAGGAACCACUCACAGAAACUUCGUGGUCGGAAUGUCGCUACAGGACUACUCAUUGGUGCUUUUGUGAUGGGCAUAUUUGGCUACACCAUUUAUUCAGUGUCACAGGAGAGGAUCAUGGACGAGCUGGAUGACGAGGCCAGGUUUGCCAUGUCAAGGGGUCCCAGGACAGGAGCCAACUGAAACUCCGUCUGUGCAGAAAACCCAAUCCUACUCUGAACUUUAUUAGCCCCUGUCUAUGAGGGCAUUCUAUGUAAGAGAUGCACGUAUUUGAAACGGACGAUAGGUUUUUUUGCGGGGUGUUAGACCUGCCACUGGUAGGGUUCCUGAAUGUGUCAGCUGACAUCUCCCUUGUGUAAAUUACUUCCUCAAUUACUAAAUUACUGCCUCCCAACGAUGCCACGGCUGCUGUCCAAAGGCUUCUGCUGUGGAGAAAUAUGACUUUUCUCUGAGUGGUGCUAUUUCUCCCCUGUAGUACUGUGUGUGGCAGAUGUAUGCACUGGAGGAGUGCAUAUGCUUCAGCUGCAGAGGUUCUCUCAGGGGAGUGGGUGGCGCAGUUUAGGUUGAAUUUGGCAAUACAAUAUUUGGGUGGAGGGGUUGUAUUUUAAAAGUCAUAGGGAAGAUUUGUGUCAUUUGGUCUUGUUGGAUACAGUAGAAAUAGCAUCAAGCAAUAGCAGUAACAUCAAUUGAGGUGAAUAUUGUGUAUCAAAGUGCUUGGAUAGCUUUAAAGAAAAAUAAAUCUAUACUGUUCCUUUUAUGAAACAUGUAAAUAUCCUAGAUUAUGUUGUUCAAGGUCAGAACAAUAUUUAAAUUA